AGGAUUCGGAUGGCGUACUGGGAUAACGCAAUCAACUUACUAUCCCGCCACAGCUACCAAUAAGAUCGAGAAAUGGAUGCUCCGAUAGAGUCAGUGAUGACACUAAAACAUCAUAGCAAUGCUGAUGAACUAAAGGAAUUCAUGAAUAAAUACGACAAAAAUCCAUUCUUUCAUCCGUUUUGGCAUGCCAUAAAGUUCACUUUGGAGGGAGUCUUCCCUACCAUUGAAUUAUCAUUGUACUCAUACGAGAUGGGCACUUUCGAGUUAUUGAUUGCUUACAAUAAGAACAAGCUUACAGAUGACUACAUCAUGCUAUUCUGUGAUGGUGAGCUGAAUGGUGAACACUUCAAAAGAGCUAUGGCUGAGUUUUUUCGACUACGACCUCUGGAUAAACGAAUCGUUGUUGUGGGAGAAGAACGCAUUGCUAACAUGCUGUCAACCUAUAUUACUGAAAACGCCAGCCCUUUUCGGAUAGUAUUAUAUCCCUGUAGGAUGUUUUAUAUGAAUGAAUCUCAAAUGGAAGCUGUACGAGAACUGAAAGUGCCCGAACUACCGCACGGAUAUGAACUAGGUUCCGCGGAUCCUGACAAAGAUGCUGAAAUUAUUACUAAAACCUGGAGGCAUGCCAGAGCAAAUGAAAUGCCGCAGACUAAAGCGAAACUGACAAAUCUACCCUCAUCAUGCGUUCGAUAUGAGGGCGAACCUGUAGGUUUCGAAAUGAUGGAUGCAGCAGGUCUGCUCAAUCAUCUAUUCGUGCUCGAGGAACAUCGCAGAAAAGGACUGGGUACUAUCAUCGAACUCGACUUGGCAAAGAAGAUCAUCAACAAUGGAUGUAAGGUAUACAAGUGCGUUGAGUUGUACAAUAAAUCAGUGCUGACUGGAAGUGAACGUUCGCCAUAUUGGAGCAGCAUCAAAGAUGACGCAGGAAACGAUGUUCUAGUCGUGUUUGCUGUUGUUUAUAAGGAAGAAUAAGAUGUCUGAGAACAACUUUUCAUCUAAACCCUCACAAUUUGAAUACCGAUGAAAAUAUAUUUGUGAGAAAAUGACCCAUCAACUACCAGCGAAGACAAUCUUGAUGCUCGAAAUGCUUGGUUUCUCCGACUAGGCCGUGAAAUACGCCUGAUUUUUCUUUAAAAAUUCGAUUUUAUAGCUGUGAUUCCCAUUGUCUGUAAUUUAUUCCUGUAAUGCCAUAAUAAA